CCCCUGACAUGGAGCUCAGGCCCACUCCGUGAGCUCAGGCCUCGGGGGUUUUGCUGUGUCGGUGACCUCCCCUCUCCCCUCCCCCCUGGUCUGGAGCAAAGGCGAGACGAGACUCUUCCCAUUGCCACCGGCGGCUGUGGCAAACCCGAGGCUGAGAGUGCCGGUCAGUAACCUGGUCUGACAUCAGCCGCCAAUGUGUCCAAAGAUGGAUGGCGACGGUUCCACAACAGAUGCUUCGCAGUUAGGAAUUGCUGGCGAUUAUAUAGGUGGAAGUCACUAUGUGUUACAGUCCCAUGAAGGAGAUACAGAUGAAGGGCUUGGUGAUCAUGAUGACACAAAUGGCUCCAAAGAAUCCUAUAGAGAACAAGACAUCUAUCUUCCGAUUGCUAAUGUCGCUCGGAUAAUGAAAUCAGCCGUGCCUACAACAGGAAAGAUUGCUAAGGAUGCUAAAGAGUGUGUUCAAGAGUGCGUGAGCGAGUUUAUCAGUUUUAUAACGUCAGAAGCCAGUGAAAGGUGUCACCAGGAGAAACGCAAAACUAUCAACGGAGAAGACAUCCUUUUUGCUAUGUCUACACUGGGGUUUGAUAGUUAUGUGGAACCACUAAAACUGUACUUGCAGAAAUUCAGAGAGGCAAUGAAAGGGGAGAAAGGAAUAAACCCGGCAACAGGUGGAAGUGCUGAUGGGCUUGGCGAGGAACUCACAGAAGAAUCAUUCUCUAAUCAAUUGACAACAGGACUGAUCACUGCUGAUGGCCAGCAACAAAAUGUGAUGGUUUAUACAACAUCUUACCAACAGAUUUCAGGUGUACAACCAAUUCAGUUCUCCUGAUCGAAAUGUAAGAUGUAGAAACGUAUGAAACUGUGUGAUAACAGAUUACUGGCUGAAAA